CGCCGUGCGUCACGGGUCCGCGCGCCGCCCCGCGCGUCACCGAGCGCUUAAGAGAAUGUAGUGGCGGGGCCGGAGCCCGGCGGAGCCCGCGCAGCGGCGGCGGCGGCAGUGGCAGCGGAGCGGGAACCCGAACGCCGCCGCGCCGGCACCCGGAGAUGCCCUGCAUCCAGGCGCAGUACGGCACGGUGGGCACCGGCCCCUGUGAGCGCUGCCCGGCCGAGCUGCUCAGCCCCGAGGGCGGCCGCUUCCCUAUGGAGGUGGCCGGAGCGGACCUGGCAGCCGCCCCCGCCCUGCCCAGCUUCAGCACCUUCAUGGAGGGCUACGCCGGCGAGUUCGACGCCUUCCUCUACCAGCUGCCAGCCGGCAGCCAGCCCACCGCCGCUGCCGCCUUCAAGCUGGAGGACUUCCAGGUGUACGGCUGCUACCCCGGCGCCUUCGGCGGGCAGCCGGACGAGACCCUCUCCUCCAGCGGCUCGGACUGUUACGGCAGCCCCUGCUCCGUCCCCUCGCCCGCUACGCCGGGCUUCCAGCCGCCACAGGCACCGGGCUGGGAGGGCUCCUUUGGGGCGUAUUCGCCCCCGCCGAACUACGAGGGCGGGCGGCCCUGGGCCGAGCCAGUUAAGGGCGGUGGGUCGCAGCCCCCCUUCUUCGCCUUCGGCCCCCCGGCACCCAGCCCCGGUGGGUCCCCCGGGACCCUGAAGGGGCAGCCGGGCCCCUCGCCCCGCCUGGACCCACGGCUGCUGGACACGGACGCCUUCGCCCUGGCCCAGGGCUCCCCCGGGGGGUUCGCUGGGUUGCCCCUGGCCCCCACCUCACCGCUGCUGGAGGGGCCGGCACUGACCCCCGCCAAGGCGCGCAGCCCCGGCGCGGGCGAGGGCCGCUGCGCCGUCUGCGGGGACAACGCCUCCUGCCAGCACUACGGCGUGCGCACCUGCGAGGGCUGCAAGGGCUUCUUCAAGCGCACGGUGCAGAAGAACGCCAAGUACAUCUGCCUGGCCAACAAGGACUGCCCCGUGGACAAGCGGCGGAGGAACCGCUGCCAGUUCUGCCGCUUCCAGAAGUGCCUGGCCGUCGGCAUGGUCAAAGAAGUGGUCCGGACCGACAGCCUGAAGGGGCGGCGGGGCCGGCUGCCCUCCAAACCCAAGCAGCCACCGGACACGUCCCCCGUCAGCCUCAUCACCUCGCUGGUGCGGGCGCACAUCGACUCCAUCCCCAGUGCCACCAAGCUCGACUACUCCAAGUUCCAGGAGUCGGCACCGUGCCAGUUCGAGAAGGAGGACUCGGUGGACGUGCAGCAGUUUUACGACCUGCUCACCGGCUCCAUGGACGUCAUCCGCAAGUGGGCUGAGAAGAUCCAGGGCUUCGCCGAGCUGCCCAGGGAGGACCAGGACCUGCUGCUGGAAUCGGCCUUCCUCGAGCUCUUCAUCCUGCGCCUGGCAUACCGCUCCAAGCCGGAGGAAGGGAAACUCAUCUUCUGCAACGGGGUGGUGCUGCACCGCCUGCAGUGCGUGCGGGGCUUCGGCGAGUGGAUCGAUGCCAUCCUUGAGUUCUCCCAUAGCCUGCACCGCAUGAACGUCGACGUCCCCUCCUUCUCCUGCCUCGCCGCCCUCGUCAUCAUCACAGGUGAGACCCCCCCCUCACCCUGCUGCUGCUCCUUUCCCCACCCCGCGGCCAUCACCCUGGCCUCAAGCCUCCGUGUGUGUGUGUGUGUCCCCCUGCCCUUAGACCGCCACGGGCUGAAGGAGCCGAAGCGGGUGGAGGAGCUGCAGAACCGCAUCGUGGGCUGCCUGAAGGACCACGUGGCAGCGGCGGGGGCCGAACCGGGCCGCCCCGGCUGCCUCUCCAAGCUGCUGGGCAAACUGCCCGAGCUGCGCAGCCUCUGCACCCAGGGCCUCCAGCGCAUCUUCUACCUGAAGCUGGAGGACCUGGUGCCACCACCGCCCAUCGUCGACAAGAUCUUCAUGGACACACUGCCCUUCUGAGCCUCCGGCGGGGGGGGCUGCCACCAGCCCCUGACCCCCACCCUGGGGAUGCCUGGAUCAUCCCCAGGGAUGCAUGGGUCCCGUCCCCCCCCGCCUUGGAUGCCCGGGUCCCCUUGGGGACACCCGGCUCCCCAAUGUGCCUUCAUGGCGCCGGGUGCGGACGCACAGCAGCCCCGGUGCCUUUUCCCCCUGGGGGGGGCAUCGCCGGCGCGGUGCUCCCCUUUCCCCCUGUAAAAAUGCCCCCAUUGUAAAUAGCGAGCGGCCGGAUCCUGUACAGAGCGGGGAGCGCAGAGGCGGGGAGGGGGCUCCAGCCCCCCCAACCUCAUCCCCCUCCCCUUUAUAUUUUUUCUUUUUUUUUUUUUUUUUUUUUUCCUUCUUUGGCCAUUUUCUGUAUAUAAACUUGAACGUUACAGCGA